UCGUGGUGCCGGAAGAUAUCUUCCGGCAAUACCGAGCAGUGGGGGAUAUUGUCUGAUCAUGUGACUGUCUAGGGCGGUGAACCGCCGCGAUGGCAGUAAUCGCGACAGGCAAAUUCUCAGGAAUGUCAUUCAACACCUUGCGCAACAAACACUAAGAAGCUCCUGAUCGCUCGAAAUCCAUCUGGAGGUUUCCCCUUCAUCAGUUCUACACCAACAUGGAUCAUCAACUCCCCCUCUCCCCGCCUUCCGAACCGAUACCUUCCCCCACAGCCUUGCCCGUCCCGCUGGACUCCCUCCUCCGCACGAAACCAAUCCACGACCUGCUCUCCGAGAUCCGUGUUCCGGGGGAGCUACCACCGCAUAAGUAUCAUCCGGUUACCUGUGUUCCUAUUGGCGAGGAUGAUGUACGCGCCCAGAUCGACCAACUACGCCAGGAAUUCUCGUCGCCAGAAGCGGCAUUGAAAGAGCAAGAGCAGGUUGCAAAAGAAGUAAAGCAAAAGCUGGAGGACGCGGAGAAGAAACGCGAAGAGGUCCAAAAAGCUAUGGACAAGAAAAUCAAGGAACGGAACACCGAAAUGAAAGUUUUAUCGAAGUAUCAGGAGGUCAAGGCUUCCGGUAUCGGAUCUUAAAGCACCACUCGCAUCAGAGAAUACAACUUUAAACGAACUACACGGAGAUUUUCGGUCAGGAACACUUUGCAGAAGAUUUACUUUCCGGCCUCUUGCUGGAGAAAAAUGUGAUGAUGCAGAACGUUGUGCGACCCCAAUAAACGGACCACACCUGCAUGGACUGCAAACUCCGGCUUUUGCCUACCAGUCUUCAUCCGCUGU